AUUGCAAUUGGUUAAAACUGAAAAGGUGAUUUUUUUUAGUUUUAAAAGUUCUAUAGUUCCGGUGGGCACUCUGUAUAAUGGGUGCAUGCAUUUUUGUCAUGAUGUUCCCUCUUUGUUUUUUUAUUACACAUGGUACAUAAUAAUAUAAUUUUAUAUGUGACCAGUUUGCAUAUGCAUUGUCUUUCUGAUAAUAGUUUAGACUCUCUUUAUUAUUUUGUUGGAUGGCUUUAGUUGGCGGAGUUCAGUGUUAAUCAAUAUACAGGUAAACAGAAAGCAAGAAAAAAAAAAGACCAGAGAGCUCAAGUGCUGCUUACUGUUCACAUAUUUGUGUUUAGACUAGUAGGUUGGUAACCCUAAUCUACCAUUAGAUUUCCAGCGUCAAGUGUUACGUCUUCUCCACAUCUUGCGCCUUAGACAGCAAGAGCACAGUGAAACCUUGGAUGCGAUUGCUGCACAGCUUAGUGGCCCUACCAGACAUGGACCUAGUCUCUCGAAACCAAUGGUGACAUCUGCAUUCUCAUCACAGGAGCGGCUAGAAGAGUUUGUCUCUUCCCUUACAUCGAUGCAACGCAACAACCUUGUACUUAAAUGUUUUGUCCUUUUGCAUGACAUAUGCAGCUUCCAUCCUCAGUUACCGCUUACACAGCGUAGGGUCUGGCACAAAAUGUAAAUUACUUGCACUGAAAAAUUCCUGUUCAAUAUUGCGUCUUUACUCAUUGUGUGUAGUGGAUUUUGUGUGCAGUGACAUUUAGGGGAUGUAAUAUGUAAAACUGUUACAGAGUCCUUAUUCGCACUACUGGGGGUGCUUUCACAGCUUCCACUCGUGGCUUUUAGUGCUGUAUUCUCUCUACUUCCUGUGUGUAGCACAUGGAACUUUUAGUGAAUUAGCAUUAGCUACGUACAGUUUUUGUGCUUCCUGUGCUGCAUUCGUGUGUCUCAGAGAUGCUUGAUCGAUAUGUUGUCUUUGACAUACGGCUGCAGUAAAUGGCAGUCAAUUUUUAUAACUUUAAUUUGAAGAGCGUGCGAUUACUGAUUUUCAUCAUAUCAUGAUUAAUAGCAUGGUCUACCAUCAUGCUGUGGACUUGGAUCACAUCUGCUUUCCUAUAGAUGUGAGAACUUUAUCUGUUCUUGUUUCACAGGUUCAAGAGCUGUCUGAACUAGGCGGAAAAGAUGUCAAUGCCGCAGUCCGUGCUAUUCUAAACUACCUCAUGACAGAUGAAGUGGCAGAAAAGUACAACUGGGAGGGCCGUGGUCAAAAAAGCAGUUUUUCCAAGCUGAAUCUUCUAGGUCUCAUACAUUCAACCAUCAAAAUAAAUCGCAAAAUUCAAGGAUCGACAAAGCUGGAUGUGAAGGGUGCCAUUGUCAGCUGGUUAAGACAUGCAAAAGAGCGGAGGACAAAGGGAAGACAGGCAUCCACGCAGAUAACAAGCGAGUCCCUCACUGACAGUGAAAUGUCAGACUGAAGCUUCAGCUACCUGGGCCUCCAAGCUUCACACUGAGAUUCACCCAACCAUUCCAACCAGGUUCACCUCUGACAAGAUGUGCCUACUAGAUGUAGUAGAAAAGGGGGUGGGUGAUGAAGUUGGGUCUUUGAUGUCAAACAGCAGUAAUGAAACAGUAGACACUGAAAUCUUCUACAUUUAUUUACGGUACUAGCUUUCACGUGAUGAACAUAGCUCAGCAUUUCAGGCCCUGAAACUCACGAUCACAAACUUCUGAUAUGGCACAACUUAGCCAUGUCCUACGAACUCAAGUGAAGAUUGACACAUGACUGAGGAUGUCACGUAUUGGUGCACUCGCCAUAUAAAAUCAUACUUGGUGCCAGAUAUUGGCAAAAUAACCCAUGCUAAUAUGUGCAGCCCAUAACCCAUAAUAAUCAGGUGCGAAGCUACAUCGUGUCAACCUUCAUGUGAGCACAUAGCCCGCAUCUCGCCUUAUCAGAUGAUUGUGAUUGUGAGCCCCGCGGUCCGAAACGCCGAGCUAUGAUGGUGUGCAACGUUUCUUCAGGUACAAAAUUAAUGA